AUGCAUUUUUGAGAGAGGUCUUUCUGGAAUGCUUAUGGUUGAUCAACGUUAACUAGCAUGCUUAUGGGCCAUUCCAGAUAGAGCCUUCGCAAGGCAUUCUGGCAUGCUUCUGGAAGCGACAUCGCCCUUGCCUGACCGGAGAUCUUCGGACCUUUUUGAACACUCAUCGGAUUGCCUUGGGCCCUUGGAUUUCUAUGUUUGCCUGCUCUUCAAUCCCCUUCAAUCUCUUUAGAUGGGCGUGGCUCAAGUGAUCGGGGCGCCUCAGACCGCUUCCGGCAUUCAGCCUUUCUCGCCAGAGCCCAAUGACCCGCGCCGGUGGCGCAACUCGUCAGGUGUGCACCGAGCUCUUACAGGAGAUGAAGGACCGACAAGUGGCCUUGGAACUCCUGAAGCAAGAGAACAAGGAGUUGCAACUUGCUGAGAGGUCCAGGUUGGAAAACCAUCAGCAUGAGAUCCAAGUGCUGAAGAAUGAAAUCCAUCAACUCAUCACGGAGUGCCAAUCCUUGAGACAUCAGGUCAGUGACUCCAACAAGGCUCAGGAGCUCUUUGAGGAGCGUCUCAAGAGUAAGGACCAGCAGAUCCAAACCCAGGACGUGGAACUGCAGCGCAGUCGCCGAGAGGCGGAGGAAAUCAAGAAUGAGUGGGAAGCUCGUUGGACCAAGGCGCAGGAAGAGGAGACUCCUCAGGAGGCAGUCUUGGAGGGAGAGAGGUUCCAUGGCUACAUCCACCAUGUCAUCGGUGACAAGAUGUUUGUCACCUGUGAUGGUGUGCCCCCAGAGUUUGAGAGCCGCCCCCCAAAGAUCACGAAGAAAAGCCAAGCGCCUCCUGGGUUGGUAGUCGGCAGCUGGAUCAGCUUUGACCUUGUGGAUGAGUGGCCUGGUGAGAACUGGGGGUCUCCUUUGGCGGUAAACAUCGAAGCUGAAGACACGCCAGAAGGUUUCACGCUCCCAGUCAAGGCAGUCAAGGCGCCCAAUGGCGCUGGCCCGCGAAGCUCUAUGGCAGCAGCAGCAGAAAAGUUGCGAGCAGCUGCUGCGAGACAAAGGACAGCGGCACCACCGGCCAACGCCCGAUCAGCUGCCAACUUGCCCAAAAAGACGCUGCCUGGGCGAAAACCUGUGUCGGAAGCCACUGAAGGAGGUCUUGCGAAGUCUGGUGCAGUGGCUGCCUUCCGUCAGGCCAAAGAGGAAGGGCGGAGCUUCGAAUCGGGCUGGAAGACGUCCAGUGCGCCGGCGAAGACGCUCAGCUCGGCGUGGAGGACUCCCAAAGCGCCGCGAACGAUGAAGGCAAAGACGGCCGAGCUUCCACCCUUUCAGAGAAAAUUUCUAGAAGAACCAGAGGAGCUCGAUGAGGAGUACGUGCAGGGCAUGCAGGAACAGCGCUUGGCGCUGGAUGUGAGCGUGGAGAUCCCUGCGCAGCUUCAGGAUGUGUUUCCGCCCAUCGAUUCCUUCGAGGAUUUGCAAGGCAUGCUGCCCGACUAUGCCUUUAAGGGCUUGUCGAACAUGGGCAUUGAGGUGCCGACGCCCAUCCAGGCACAAGCACUGCCGCUUGUGCUGUCUGGUUCGGAUGUCGUUGGCGUUGCGAAGACUGGCAGCGGCAAAACACUUGCAUAUGUGCUGCCGGCCAUAGCUCACGUGGAAGUGCAGGAGCCCAAACCCAAAGGGGAUGCGACGCCGAUCGUCUUGAUCCUAGCGCCCACCAGGGAGCUGGCGGUACAAAUCUCCGACAUGGUGAAGGCAGUGACAUACUUCUCCAAAAAUGGCAGCGCCCAUCCAGGUGGUCUGACUCCGGCGGUGCUCUACGGCGGGGGCCAGGGGAGCAAGGGAUGGCAGGUGGCGGAGUGCCGAAAUGGUGGGCACUUCGUGGCCGCCACGCCUGGGCGGCUUCUCGACGUGAUAGACAGCGGAGAGGUGUCGCUUGAGCGGGUCACCUUCUUCGUUUUAGAUGAAGCUGAUAGGAUGCUGGAGUGCGGUUUUGAGGAGCAAGUCGGCCGAAUAGGACAGACAGUGCGCCCAGACCGACAUACUCUCUUCUUCUCUGCAACAUGGCCCUCUCAAGUGCAAAAGAUGGCGCAGCGAAUGUGUAGUAGCGAGAUUCCGCCUGUGCGCAUCAUGGCCGGACAGCGCACGGAUGGCGAGGGGCCAACGUCCCGGGAAGACAUCCUGCAAGAGGUGGUGGUUUUCGAGCAGCCCACCUGGGAAGAGCGAGACUCCGCAAAGCAGGAGCUGCUCUACGCCCAUUUGCGAGAGGUUUUAUCGGAUGCGUCCCACAAGAUGCUGGUCUUCGUGAGCCGAAAGAAUUUGGCUGACACGUUGGCAAAGCGACUCAAAAGCGAAGGCUUCAGUGCAAAUGUGAUGCACGGCGGCAAGAGCCAAGAUUCGCGCCUUGCGACGUUAGAGGAGUUUCGAAAUGGUGACACCAAGCUGCUCGUGACGACGGACGUGAUGGGUCGCGGCUUGGACAUCCCAGGCAUCUCCCAUGUGGUGAUCUACGACAUGGGUGACAUUGAGGACUACGUGCACCGCAUUGGGCGAACAGCCCGUGGUCCCUAUGGCCGAGGUCAUGCAUUGACCUUCUACGAACACAACAGGAAGCUCCCAGACCUCCCGAGGAAGUUGAUGGACGUUCUUGAGCAAUCGGGGCAAGAGGUGCCACCGGAGCUGGCGGCCAUGGUGGAGGGCGGAGGGCUUCCGAAGACCAAGGUCGAGCGCGGCCUGCGGCGGUGUUCAGAUGCAAUUUCUGCCACCAUGCCACCGGAUGGAGAAGCUGGAUGUGAUGCCAGCGCCGUGGUGGAUCAGUCCGAACCCGUUGCAGUCCUUCAAAAAGAACUUCACGAGAAAGUGAGGAUGGAGCAUGAACUGAAGGAAAAGGCCUCCAUCCUCGAAGCGCAGGUGCAGCAUCAUCUGCAAGAAGAACAUCGGCUUCGGCAGGACGUCUUGCGGCUGCAGACCUUGGCCGAUGAGCGCGGGCUCACGGUAGAGAAAGUGCAAAAGCGAGAAGACAGCUCGACUGAGAAGGCCUCAGAGCUACAGAAGCGCUUGCAAGAGUUGCAAGCCUCGUUGCUGGCAGAGCGCAGCAAGCUCCGUGAGACCGAGGGCGAGUUGCACCGGGCCAGGGAGUCGUUGAGCUUCGCUAGGAAGGAACUUGAUGAUGUCAAGUUGCAAGGAGAGGUGGCUCGUCGAGAGGCACUUCGUCGAAGUGAUGAGAAGGUGGCAGAGGAGCUCAGCCAUACUCAGCAACUGGCCUCUGCCCGAGCGCGCCGGGCUGAGGAGCAGGUGGCGGACCGUGAUGCUGAGAUCAUGCGCCUGGAUCGUGAGUUGGUGCAGUGCCGAGGACACCUUGCGCAACGGGACAAAGAAGCAACUCAGCUUGCAAUGGAGUUGAGAGCCGCUGGCUUGAGGGAAGGUGUGCUGGAGCAGGCAUUGGAGCAGGCUGCAAAGCACAAAGUCAAGGCUGAGGCGUCCUGGCACCAGGCCAGACGACAGCUUCAAGAACUGUCCGCAGGGGCCCAGCUGCGACCCGAGUCCUUUGCGGCACGACGACACUUGGGUGCAUUCACAGACUCGCCUGGCCGGCUGCGCUUGGGCCGCCAGGUGGACCUGGACGGUCGUCCUCUUCGGCGCGCGGUGCCCCCCCGCGCCACCUCUGAGCCACGCUCCGUCAACGUGCGCAGUCCCGUGCGCGGCGAGCAGCGGGUGGCCGAGCCCCUCACCGAACCAGCGGCCCGAGUGUCCCGGAGUCUGCUGCCCCAGGAGCCCGUGUCGAGUUCCAGCGAACCUCUGGAGCGCACGUGGCAUCCAGAGGAAGGCCAGCUUCGGCACUCUUGGCCGGAGGGACUGGAGAUGUGGCAGGACCGUUCUGUUGAGGCUCCGGAACGUGAGCUGGACGGCCUUCCAAGCGUUCCAAGCGAGGAGUUUCAACCCAAGGAGCUGCGGGUCAGGCUUCCUUCCAUGCUUCCACAAGAGGAUGAGCUACAGGAGCAUCCUGGCGUUCCAGAUCCUCUUCGUCGUUUGCCGGAGGACUCUCAGGUGCGAAGCCGCUGCAGCCAGGCCCAGCUGGAUCUUUGGAAGCGUCGUCUUCAGUCCUUGGACCAGAGGCAGCUUCUCUUGGAAGUUUGGCACGCUUGGUCUUCGACUGCCAAGGUCUUUGCCUUCCGUGCACGCUUGGAGUUAGUGUUGCUGGAUGAGCUGCGCCUCGCCAAAGUUCGCGAGGAGGCGAAGCUCGACCCACGCGGCUACCUUGCGACGCAGCUUCGCUCUAGCCAUUGGCCUGAGGGGACGGGUCCUGCGGAGCCCGAUCCUCCCAUUGAAGGAUUUGCGGAGAGCAAGUUGGCAUCUCUGAAGAGCUUCAUUUUCGAAUUCCGCCAGCGCGUGGCUGAAUCCGUGGCAGAGCUGCCUGGAGCCUCGCAAGCAGCCUAUGGCCUGGAGGGCUCUCAAGCGCUGGUGAAGACACUGGAACUAGGGCGUGGCGCCUUCGGGCGGCUCCUGCAUGCAGCACUCUUUUUGUACCAGAAGCUGAGGACUUUGGUUCCCACCGAGCUGGAGGUCACGAUGCGCGACCCUCUGAGCCGUUUGGUUCCCGUGCCCUUCUAUGUGCUGCCCUACAAGGUGCCGCCGAAGAUCCGCUUGGCGGUACAGGAAGUGGGACAGCAGCGCAGUGUAGGCGGCCUGGCGCGGAGUUUGGCACGUGGUGGCCGAGCUCGCCCUGGCAGUCAACUUGAAGAGCUUCAGGAUCUGAUGCCGCUCUGUGCAUCGGACCGGACCGCGAUGCCUGGUUUCCUGGCGCAGCUCCUGCGAAUCCGUGGAGAUGCUGUGGGUGGUUUCAGUGCUCCCAGCCACGAGCCUCAAGUGCCAGAAGCUGACCAGCCACCCAGAGCUCUGGCAGGCGGUCCAGGCUACCGAGAUGGCCUGGAUCAGCUGGUGGUUGAUGCCCUAACUGUUUACAUGAGCGGUUGGCGGCUGUCACGUGGUGCUGGCACUGCUGUUCCCAGCAGCACUGCUCCCGCUCCUCCCGAUGCUGCUCCACUGGAGGCACGUGCAGUCAGUGAGCCAACCGUGGCACCUGCAAGUGGGAGUCGUCGGGCAAGAAGUCAAGGUGAUCCCCGGCAUGGCAUGAAACUGAGAUUGGGUCCCGACCGCCCGCUGGACUAG